UCCUACCCCUAAUUCGUCAAACCAGUUCGGUGGGUCGCAGCUGUGUCGGGCGGAAGCAGCCCCGCGACCGCAAGCGUGCCGUGUGGAACCAACGAUGCGGCCGCCGGGCGUCGGCGGCGGCGCCACCCCGGGCCGCCCGCGAUGGGGCUCGGGCGCCACCACGCCGCGCUCCCUCAGCACCGGCUCCUCCCCGCGCGGCUCCGACCGCAGCUCCGACGACGGCGAGGAGCUCGUCGAGGUCACGCUCGACCUGCAGGAGGACGACACCAUUGUCCUCCGCAGCGUCGAGCCCGCCGCCGCCGCAGCCGCCGCCGCGGCGGCCGCCGGUGCGGGCUCCGCCUCCUCGAGCGCGUCGCCGUCCCUGGCGGUGGCGGCGCCCCGGUGGGCCGACCCGGGCCCGCCGCGCUCGCGCUCGCCGGCGAUCAUGCGCACCUCCUCGCACCGGCUGCUGCAGUUCUCGCAGGAGCUCAAGGCCGGGGCCAUGUCCCGCGCCAAGCAGUUCUCGCAGGACCUCACCAAGCGCUUCACGCGCACCGGCAGCCGCGCGAAUCUCGUCGCCGACCCCUCCUCGGCCUCCGCCUCCGCGGCCGGUCCCUCCUCCGGCAUCGACGCCGCGCUCGCCGCCCGCGCCGAGCGCCGCCAGCGCGCGCAGCUCGACCGCACCAAGUCCGGCGCCCAGCGCGCGAUCCGCGGCCUGCGCUUCAUCAGCGGCAACGCCAAGGCCAGCAAUCAGGCCUGGAUCGAGGUCCAGCGCAACUUCGACCGCCUCGCGCACGGGGGGUACCUCUCCCGCGCCGACUUCCCGCAAUGCAUAGGGAUGACGGAGUCCAAGGAGUUCGCCAUGGAGCUCUUCGACACGCUCAGCCGCCGCCGCCAGAUGCAGGUCGACCAAAUCAACAAGGACGAGCUGCGCGAGAUCUGGCAGCAGAUCACCGACAACAGCUUUGACUCGCGCCUACAGAUCUUCUUCGACAUGGUGGAUAAGGACGCGGACGGCCAUAUCACCGAGGCGGAGGUGAAAGAGAUCAUCAUGCUAAGUGCGUCUGCUAAUAAACUGUCAAAGCUUAAGGACCAAGCAGAAGAAUACGCGGCCUUGAUCAUGGAGGAACUUGACCCGGAAGGCCUUGGCUACAUUGAGCUCUGGCAGUUGGAGACCUUGCUAUUGCAGAAGGAUACAUAUGUGAACUAUAGCCAGGCCUUGAGCUACACAAGCCAGGCACUGAGUCAGAACCUUGCUGGCCUAAGGAAAAGGAGCCCUAUCCGGAAAAUGAGCAGCAAGUUAAGCUACUAUCUGGAAGACAAUUGGAAACGCCUCUGGGUACUUGCACUGUGGAUUGCGAUAAUGGCUGGAUUGUUCAUUUGGAAAUUUAUCCAAUACCGCAACCGGUAUGUCUUCACUGUGAUGGGAUACUGUGUAACGAUUGCAAAGGGGGCUGCUGAGACCCUUAAGCUGAACAUGGCACUCAUCCUUCUACCUGUAUGCCGCAACACCAUCACUUGGCUGCGGAAUACAAGAGCUGCACGGGCAUUACCAUUUGAUGAUAACAUCAACUUUCAUAAGACUAUUGCGGUGGCAAUUGUGGUUGGUGUUAUCCUUCAUGUAGGAAACCAUCUUGCAUGUGAUUUUCCAAGGCUUGUAACUUCGUCAGAUGUAAAGUAUGCUCCGCUGAGCCAGUACUUUGGGCCUACUAAGCCAACAUAUUUGACAUUAGUCAAAGGAGUGGAGGGCGUAACUGGAGUUAUUAUGUUUGUCUGCAUGCUCAUCGCUUUUACUCUAGCAACCAGGUGGUUCCGCCGUAGCCUAGUGAAGCUUCCAAAGCCAUUUGACAAGUUAACUGGCUUCAAUGCGUUCUGGUACUCUCAUCAUCUGUUCAUCAUUGUAUACAUAUCACUUGUUAUUCAUGGAGAGCGUGUAUACCUUAUCCUGGAUUGGUACAAAAGAACGACAUGGAUGUAUCUUGCCGUUCCUGUUGGUUUGUAUGUAGGGGAGAGGACUUUGAGAUUCUUCAGGUCUGGCAGUUACUCUGUCCGGCUGUUGAAGGUGGCCAUAUAUCCUGGUAAUGUUUUAACAUUGCAAAUGUCAAAGCCUCCAACAUUCCGUUACAAGAGUGGACAGUAUAUGUUUGUUCAAUGUCCAGCUGUUUCACCAUUUGAAUGGCACCCCUUCUCGAUAACUUCAGCACCCGGGGACGAUUAUCUGAGUAUCCAUGUUCGACAACUUGGUGACUGGACACGAGAGCUCAAGCGCGUAUUCUCAGCAGCUUGUGAGCCACCAAUGAGUGGCAAAAGUGGCCUCCUUAGAGCAGACGAGACAACCAAAAAAGCUUUACCGAAACUUUUGAUUGAUGGACCCUACGGUUCUCCUGCGCAAGACUAUAGCAAGUAUGAUGUUUUACUACUUGUUGGAUUAGGAAUUGGUGCAACUCCUUUCAUCAGCAUAUUGAAAGAUCUGAUCAACAACAUCAUCAAAAUGGAGGAAGAGGAAGAAGCUUCAACUGAUCUUUACCCACCAAUCGGACGCAAUAAUGCUCAUGUUGAUCUUGACACCCUUAUGAGGAUUACUUCAAAACCAAAGAGGGCUUUAAAGACAACAAAUGCCUACUUUUAUUGGGUGACACGCGAACAAGGCUCUUUUGAUUGGUUUAAAGGAGUCAUGAAUGAGAUUGCUGACCUAGAUCAAAGGAAUAUAAUUGAGAUGCACAACUAUCUCACAAGUGUUUAUGAGGAAGGGGAUGCUCGGUCAGCACUCAUCACAAUGCUGCAAGCUCUCAACCAUGCCAAGAAUGGAGUUGAUAUAGUUUCUGGAACUCGAGUCCGGACACAUUUUGCAAGACCAAAUUUUAAGAGGGUACUAUCUAAAGUAGCAUCCAAACAUCCUUAUGCUAAGAUAGGUGUAUUCUAUUGUGGAGCUCCAGUUCUAGCGCAGGAACUAAGCAAACUUUGUCACGAAUACAAUGCCAAAGGCGCAACAAAAUUUGAAUUCCACAAGGAGCAUUUCUGAAAUCAGGCAACUUGCAUAGUAGGAAAAAUAACACGAGAUUGUGCUGUAUGUAUGUCAUUUUUUCUUGUUGCGCACUGGAUUUGGGAGAGAAGCAGCAGUGCUUGCUUUCAUGGUGCAUCUACAGCCAGUUACCAGUGGACACACGUCUUGCUUGAGAUACUCAGAUACAAUAAGAGCACCAAGAAAGAUAAACUGGGGUUCAGCUGGUAUUACAUACACAUCACAUCAAUCAAGGAUUCAGAAGUAAUAUUUCGGUUGCACCUGUGAGGGCAUCAUCCCCUCUGUACCAUCUCACACGGUGAUGUUGAUCUCCUGAAUACGGAUUGUGGUUUCGACUGUAUGUGCUGAGUGACACAGGGAAAGGCCACCAUGGGAACAAAGCUAGAUAACUGUAUAUUUGCACGCAGCUGAGUUGUCAGGCCACAACAAAGUUUGUUCUAACAUUGUAAUUAUACACAGAUUGAAAACAGACAGGAGUACAGUUUGCAUUUCUUUUUGUAAUUAGUGUAGGUUGGUACUGUGCCACGAGAGAAUAGCAAGCAUUCUUUUAUUAGGUGAUGAUGUUUUUACACAUACAGAUGCUGUAACUCUUAUUGUAGCGAGGCUCUUUGCUCUUAUUAAUUCGCACUCAUGUUUGUACA